ACUUAACGUGGUUUGUCCGCUCCCUUUAUCCUAAACAGCCCAACCGGCGGGACGUUCAGAAGAGGAUGAUUGAAAACCUGUUUGCUGGCCUCAUGCCACUUAGGACUCACUCAGCUUGUUUGUUUUGGUAAUUUCCUUUUCCGGUUUAUGUAUUUUUUGAGUAGACUCUACAUUUUGUCCUCGGAAAACUGGAGAAAACAGGAAGCAGAGCCCGCCUGUAACCGAGUGCAAGACCCGAACGGAGGAGGGAAGUGGCAAAACCUGACAAUUUCGCAUCGAGUCUUGAGCUGACCCAGAGAAAAUAUGCCACUUGAUCACAGAAAACACGGAAGUAGUUGACAGACUUAUACGAAAGAGACAAAGGCACCGGUUGCCAUGCCAACAGAACACAAGUCCUUCUAGAAUCUUCGAGAAUUAAAGGGUGAGCUGGUGUGGCUCUGGACAACAGAAAUAAAAAUGUCUUCACCACAUCCCUCUGUCGGAGCAGACAGGGCUUUGGUUUCAGAGGCUGAUGUUGCUGCUAAAUUACAAAAAGCAGAAAUGAGGAGGAGGGCACAGCAGAGCCCAUAUAAAGUGCCAAACAACAAGACGGUUUUUGCACUGAGCUCAGAGGAAACGGAAAACCGUAGAGAGGAAAUGCGAAAAUUUCUGGCGCUGCCAAUUGAAGAAAAGGCAACCCACGCUGCGAGAGCGCAGGCCAAGCUGAAGAAUGAGCUGAUGGGAGUACUGGAGGAGGAGGAGGAGGAGGAGGACGGGGAGGAGGAAAACGAGAAGAAGAAAAGUCUGAAGCAAAUCAGGAGUAAAGCAGCUUUCCCUAAAGAAACAUCGAGAACACACGAGCUGAAAAUUACCACGGCGAAGGGAGAGAAACUCACAAAAGAAAGCAGACAUGAAUUACUCCUCAUGGAACGGCAACAAGCAGUCUUGGAGUUGUCUCUGAUGACUAAACGCUCUGAGAUCCUGAAGAUGGAGAAGGCCGUUGCAAAAGAGGAAAGAAAGCUGAAACAACUUGAGAAGCUCAUCGAAAUGGACAACCAAAAGUUUGAAGCGUUCCUCAGGGAGAAUGAGAGGAAGUCAGUGGAAGCCAGAGCUCUUUUUGAGCGGGAGGAAAAGUCAAAACAGGAGAAGAAUGCCGCGAUCAAGGAGCUGACCGAUGAAAUGAGGACCAUUCAAAGUGAACUUGAGAAGUAUGAAGACGCUCUGACAGGCUACCUGAAAUACAAGGACUUCCUGUUCAGGCUUUCUCCUGCAGAGUGGCAGGAUGAGCAGAAGAGCAAAGAUUCAAAGACUAAAACGUCGUCCGAACAGAGUGAUGGACAGGAACCUACUGAGACGGGUUUGGAGAGGAAGUUUCCCCCUGUCACAGCGACCAGAGAGAAAACGUGUUCACUGGAUUAUGACAGCUUAGAGGAUAAGCCAGAGCUUUACUUCACCGAUCCCCAGCAGCUGCUGGACCUGAUGUCAGAGCUGACGGAGCAGAACCUGUCUCUGAUUCAGAACUCUGCGACGACGGGGGAGGCGCUGGCGAAACUCCGGCAGACUGUGGACACAACCAGGAGGAAGAUUGAAAACAAGGAGGAGAAGAUAGCCCUGCAGAUUAAAGAGCUGAACCAGAAACUCGACAAAGAGAAGGCGAGAGGCGCGAAGCUCGAACAGAUGGUCCAGCUUCAUGUUUCACUGAGCUCACAGGACCAAGACGAAAUGUUGGACGCUCUCGAUAAAAAGGUGACAGAGGUUUACAGCGGCUGUGUGGAAAACAGGAUCACCGACCUCAAGACCUUGCAGAAGGUGGCAAAAAUCGAGAGUCGCGUCUUCUCGCUGCUGCAGAGCCUCGAAGGCAUGCCAGUAGAGAGACUGGCGGUGGUUAAGAAGGUCAAGGACAGCGAGAAGAGGAGCAGGAUGCGUGAGGAAAAGCUGAUGGAGCAGAGAGAGAAACAAAAGGAACGGAUGAGGAAGUAUCUGGAGAGAUCAUUGGCUGACUCCAAGAAAAUUAGUGGGAAGAAGCUCAUGCCUAGGUGCAUGCCUGCUGUGAAGAAAGUCGAGGUCGCUGAUGUGGACAACAAGCCCGCCGAGGACGACAUCAACGAUUACCUCUUUGGCUUGGAUGACACGGAGUGACAAAGGCAACAGAAAGUGAUGUGGAGGAAUUAUUUUUACAGUACCAGAGAAAGAAUGUCUUUUUCUUUUUAGAAAAUUAUACUGACUGUUGGAUUCUUUUAAUGUUCUAUUUCGUGUAGGCUUCGCCCUUUAAGGCUAUCGCUAGUGGGUUUAUCCCUCACGCGCAGCGCAGUACUGAAAAAAGCUUAGUCCUCGCCCACCUACUGGAUGGGCCCCUCCUCGGACUGUAUAAAUAACAGUUAGACCGGACAAACGGAUCCCUCUUUUUCUUCAGCGUAACACAGCACUGUCUUAAGAGCGAAUAUGUUUUUCUAGCGGUACCGUUCGUGCCCGUCUUGUCAGUCAGAUCUACGAGGGAUGCCUGGGCCCCCAGCACCCCCGACCUCGCCCUGACGCCUCGGCCCUCUUGCCGUUCCUGUGCUCUCCUCCCGCUGGAGGAGAGGAGAAGGUGGCUAGCCUUUUUUAAGGCUGGCGUUCGGUGGGGCGAAAGGCCCACGGAGUCCGGUCGCUGCUCGUGGGCAGAUGCUAGCUACGCUGAGCGGGAAUCAGAUGAUUCCGCCGGCAGAGAGGACGACAGCAAAAGCAGUAGCGGUUCGGAUGGUGGAAAAGAGGCGGCUGAGCGGAUGCUGACUCAACCCCGCUCCCCGCUGUGGGCUCACUCCUCCUCGAGCUACCUAGCUUGAUCGAGGAGGCGGCUAGCGCUAAGGGGCUUCCCGUCCCCCAACCUCCCCCGCCACAGUUCGGCUCCGCCCCGAGUCGCCAUCCGGUCCCCAUCUGGCCUCAGUUUCCCGCCGUAAUGGCCUACAGAACUGAGGCAGUGGCCUCAGUGUUUCCUCCACUAAUGCGCCUGUCUCCAGGGUGGAGGGGUUCACACAGCUGAGUUUUCUCUCUAUCCCCCCUCUGGAUACCGGCCUCGCUUAGUGUUUGGGGCCAGGACAUCAGAAUUAGUCCAACGGCCUGUGCCAGCUUCUAAGCACAUCAGCUGAUUACCAGGUUCUCUGACUGGGCCCACCAGUGUGCCUAUCAGAUAACGGCUGCCACCAAUAAUGCCCUUAGUUGGUAUGUGUCAUUGACAUGCUGAAAAGGUUGUUGGUACCACCAGGGAGAGAACUAAAACAUGCAGGAGGCUGGCCCUCCAGGACCGACUUUGGACACCCCUGGUAUAUGGCAUCUCUGAGUGGGUAGAGGAAGCUGCCUUACCAGAGGAGCUGAUGAACUCUCUCUGCAAGGUGGCUGACGCCAUACUCAAUCUUUGCGCCUCCUCAGCGAUUUGUUCUUCUCAAGUUCCUGUCUUUUAAAACUGCACUGCUGUUGGUCCUCAUGUCUGCAAAAGAGAGAGCGAUUUAUCCGCACUCUCUGUUGCUCCCUCUUGUCUCAGAAUACGAGGCGACGGCAGCUCAGCUGCGCUGCGUCCCAACCCUGCUUUUACUCCUAAAAGCAUCACAAGCUCGUUCAGAUCGAGGGAUGUAGGAAGAAGCUGCAUCUCGCACUCUCUUGUUAUGUAACCCACCAACGAUAGCCUAUACUCAUAGCAUCUGGGGUUACAAUAUGUUACCAACGUUUUGUAUCUUGCAAAUCUAUCCUUUAAUGUUAGGAUUUUACUUUUGUUGCCGAAGUUUAAAGCCAUGCUAGUAACCAAGAGGUUUAGAAAUUAUGCUGAAUAUCAUUAGCUCUGGGUGUUUAUUUGAUGCAACAUCUCACUGUAAAUUUGUAAGAAAUGUUUCUUUUAAUUUUACCAAACAUUUUACUGCGCUGUCACACCCCGACAAGUCAAGCACAAUACACACCAACCAUCUGUCAUACCACCAAACACACACAACUAUCCUAAUAAAACCUAUUACAUUAAACAAUG